CCUCGGCAUGCCCGGCUCCACACCAGGCAACGAGCAAGUGGGUCACGGUACCAUCUUCGACUCAUCUGCCAUGCACCAACCCACCACCUCAGCCUCCUCGUCCUCCACCCUCCCACAAUGGUCAGGCUCAGCCUCACAAUAUCGCUUGAAGAACUCAGAGGUUCUCAAGGGAGUGGCAAACCGCUUCGUUCACUCGACGGCUUACCUCUACCUGUAUGCUAGCAUGGCGUUGGCUUCCCUCUUCACCGUCUUGCUCAGCCUGAUCAAUGAGUGCCCGGGUGACGUCUUCUACAUAGUGGAGAUGCUGGUAAAUGUGGUGUUGGUGGUUGAGGUCGGGGUCCGCUUUGUCGCCUUUGGUAGGCAAUUCUGGCACUCAACAUUCAAUGUUUUGGACCUCUUCCUCGUCCUACUCUGCACCCUCACCCUCCUUAUCAUCUUCUUCUCCCACACCUGCUCGCCUUACAACCGAAACAAUCCGAAGGCAAAGCAUGGUCGUACUGGCAAAUCGGAGGAGCUCUUCGACUCCUUCCUGCUCGUGUUCAGGAACGGGAUGCAGUUGAUGAGACUGCUGGCGGUGGUGAGGAGGAGCGGACGCAAUGCAUGGACUGGCAGGCCGAGAGGUAUUGAGCUUGACCCAGGAGCUAUAGGAGCAGGAGGGGCUGGAGCCUACGGCGGGAGUCGAGCAGGACAGGUCCAGCAGGAGCAGAGGAGAAGAGGCGGCGCCGCAGGUGCAGGAGGGCAAGGAGGGGCCGGGGCGGCCAACGACUUCAGUCUGGACAUCGAUCUUGAAGACGAUGCGGCUGCGACGAGGAAUCGAAUGCGACAAGGCGGAGGAUCAGCAGCGCCGGAGCGACAACAUCUCAUGCACAGUGGCGGGAGCGGAGCAGACGACGAUGAGGAGGAGGAGCUGUAGGCCCGUGAUCGCCACGCAAUCUCAUUGAGUCAUCGUUCACCAAUCGAACAUUAGGUGUACGCUUCCUGCGCAGCAAGCGUAGCAAACGCACCUUGACCCGUCCUUCAGCUGGCUGGCCCGGUUCAAGCAAGCUCGCAACCCUGGUUCGAGGGCGUUCCUGAUCGGUGAGGUCGUGAGCCUCGCCACCUGCUUUGUCAAAAGCCCGGCGAUUUGACCAUGCUGAUGAUGACGGUGGCAGCGACUUGACAAGGCACGAGCACCUAUGCGCGCUGGAAAGACUGUCCGCGAAUCGUUCAGUCGCGAAUACUCUUGGCUCCUCCAUUGGCUCGACUUCUGGCGCACCGCGCACAACGAGCAAAGUGAUGGAACGUAUAAGUGUCAAUCGUGAUUGCAAGAGAGUGUUUAUGAAC